AUGGAUGCAAAUCUAUUGUUCGUUAUCAAUGAAAAGCCUAUUCAUCCCUCUGAGCACUCUAGUACCUUAGUUGCUCUUAUUCCCAAGUCUGUUAACAUAGGGUCUCAUUUUGUUCUCUUAUUUGUUCAUAAUUCUGUCAAUAGGUCUCUAAUAAGUGGUAAGACCAACACUCAACAAGCUACUCCUAGUGUUAAUAACCAUGGCAGUCAAAAUCAACUUUCUGCCUACAACCCUGCUUCACCUCACUUAGCUUCAAACCAAAGUUUUGUUGUACAAGAAAGUACACCAGGCCCUGUAAUCACUGAUAAGACAGGUCAAACUUUUAACCCUGCUGAACAUGCUAGCACAUUAGGCCCCACUACUACCUAUCAAAAUAAAACCAACCAGAGUUCCACUAAGUACAACACAUGUUCAGAUUUGUGCCAUUACCCAAAGGGUAAUUCUCACUCCUUCUCAUCUAAAGAUAUGAGUCCUGAGGGAAAUAUCACUCCACCUGUUUCUGAAUCACAUAAUAAGUCUAACUCUCCCUCAAAUUCCAACACUUAUGGGAGCUUUCUUCAAUUUCCUGUUUCCUCAUCAUCUCCUUCUAUUAACCAAAGUAUCCCACAUGUCCUUCUUCAAAAUGCCUAUCCUAUGCUCAAUAGAGAAAAGACUGGAAAAUCUAAACCUAAAACCUUCAUGGCCCUUACUGAGUCUGAACCUACCAGUGUAAAACAAGCUCUUACAAAAUGUGAGUGGGCAUAA